GCUUUUCCUUCCUCAUGUGUGCGAAGCUGCAGGAGAGGAGGCAGCGCAUGCAUCCUGCGAGCUGAAACAGAAGAAACUUUGUGUUAACUUUCGCAGUAUCGCCAGGGAACGCAAUGAAACAAGCAAAUGCGUGUCCUGCGCCAUUACUGGGAGAACCUACGGAUUAUACAGCCUGAAUUUUAAACCCGCUUUCUCAUGCGUAAAAACAUCCGAUUACCGAAGAAGGAGCGAACUCUUCUGACUGCCUAACUUGAAUAUUUGAUGGGAAGUUGGUGUUUUUUGGUUAGAUUUAGAUAGCUGGCAGUUUGGAUGACACUUCCUGAGCGAUUUUUGAGGACUGCAGAUUGCAAAAGGUUUUAAAACGCAUCGGUCAGUCCGCUCGAAGUCGGAGGAUUUUGGAGAGUGGAGACAUGACACUGUUUGUCUUGUGCGCGCUCCUGUUGUUAAAAGUAUCUCUUGGGGAUGCCUGUGCCAGUAACCAGUUCACUGAAUCAGGGCAGUGUUGCAGUCUGUGUCCUGCUGGCUUUGGAGCGGAGGUAUCAUGUGGGAAAGAGGACACCAAGUGCACACCAUGUCCAGAGGGAAAGUUUUCCCCAUCCGAAGGCCUCGGCCCUUGCCUCCCCUGUGCCAGGUGCCCAUCCGGUGUCCCCGUGGUGGCUUCUUGCUCUGCCAAACAUGACACAAAAUGUGAAUGUGACAAAGGCUUCUUCUUUUGGAGCAUCUCUGGCCUGUGUGCACCUUGCUCCAAAUGCAGGCACGGUGAGGGUGUUGUCCGGGAGUGUGGCCCUCAGCAUAACACUGAGUGCCAGACCUGUGGCCCAGGAACAUUUUCUGAGGAGCAUGCUAGUACCAAACCCUGCCAGACCUGCACCCAGUGCGUAGACAGUGAGGUGGAAAUCCGAGCCUGUAUGCCCAACUCUGACACACUCUGCAUGGACAAGAAACUGGACAUUCUCUCUCGUCCCGCUGAGUCUGAUGGGCACCGUGAUACCCCUCGCUUCCCAGUUGUAGAGGAGGAGACAGAGGAAAAGGAGGCCAGCACUGUCCCUGGAACACCCAAGUUUACCCCACAAGAUGAGGGUGGCAAUAACAACAUUCUGGUUUAUGUGUCUGUUCUGGCUGCUGUGGUGCUGGGCCUGCUUUUGUAUGUGGCUUAUAAAUGCUGGAGAUCAUGUAAACAGAAGCAGGCUCUCUCUAAGGCCCGUGCAGCUGAGCUGGGAAUAUCUCCAGAGGGAGAAAAGCUUCAAAGUGACAGUGGCGUUUUUCUGGACUCUCACAGUCUACAGGACAACCAGCCCAGCAAAGGUACCAAGAGGGACAGCAAGCAGGACAAUCGUCUGUACAUCAACCUACCCCCCCACAGACAGGAAGAGGUGGAGCGCCUCCUGCAGGAGGGAGGGGGCCAGGGGUGGAGGCAGCUGGGUGCAGCACUGGGCUAUGAGCCUGAACAGCUGGACCUGUUUGGGCAUGGAGAGGCCCCUGCUCACACACUUCUCUCUAACUGGGCCCAGAAAGAAGGCUCCACUCUGGGACUGCUGUGUUCUGGCUUGGCCCGCAUCGAGAGGCCUGAUGUGGUGACAGUUCUUAACUGUCCCACGCAGGGUGUGUCUGUGGUCUGACAACUUUUCACUCACAUAUAUGACUCUCACAGACUCAAGUGAAGAACUUUAACAAGGGAGGCACUCUGAAAACAAUACCUGUCACAGCUGGAGGCUUAUUGCUUUGAUGGAUACUUAUGAUUCAGUUUUUUUAAACAACAAAAAACAGUUUCAUAACACGUUACCCCAGUUUAUGUCACCAGCUGGUUUUACGUAAAUCUAGCUGCAUGUCCUGCUUAAUGGACACUGCAGAAACCUGGUCAUAUGAUUAGUUUAGACCCACAGUGACAUGCACCUACACUACAAUAAGUACACGUGCAAUGUCAUUUGCAUGCACAAAAAUCCUGGAUACUGUGAGUUAGUGGCAGGACAGUGUGUUUACACAUUUUGCAUGAGUGUAAUUUUUCUAAACCAACUGUUUACUGAUCAGAUUUAUCCUCUGCCCUGUCAAAAAAUAUUCCUUCCAUGUACUAUUGUAAACAAAUACAUAUCGCUUAGAUCAUGUUUCUAGUCUGGUAACCCUUGUUUUAUAAGUUACAACUUCAACAAGCAAUUUAGUAUUGGGAUCCCCCAUUUGGGAUCAUUACCACUUAAAAACAGAAGAAAAUUCAAACCCAUCUAGGGGUUUACACAGCCAAGUGGGCACAUUUCUCCAGUAGAAAUCAAAAGUUGAGUCUUAACCAUCUCUUUGAAGUUUGCAGUUGCUAUUUCCUCUUUUAAAACACUUCAGGAACUACUCACCGGGCUGUUUUUUCUCUGCUGCAGCCACUAAGUACACUGAGGACGUACUAUGCACCAGUGAUAUUUCAAAUCUCAUCAGAAGAUAUGAAAAUGAAACAUUUUGUGGAACAUAAAAACUUCUUUCUUAGCUCUUUAUAAUAAUCGUCUCUGUUUGUAAAUACAUUAAAUAUUGGUUUGUUUUGAUAAAUCUUGGUUUAAAGCAUGAACUAUGAAGACUGAAGGGAUAGAAAUGAAUCAUUUCAUUUUUGUCAACAUGAUUUUUCAUAUUAGACACAUCGAUGCUUGUGUCCAACUUGUCAUCUUGCUUUUAUAUUUAUUUCAUUAUUGUUUCAUGUCUAAAUAAAAUCUAUGAGAACCAUAGACAUCUGCAGUAACUUUGCAUGUGAUGGCCUCAGAUGAUUUGAUUAUUUUUUGACACCAGCCAUGUAUGUAUGUAUGGUUUUGUGUAUAUAUUACCUAAUGAUAUGCCUCAGUGUGUUUUUGUAAGAGCUUUAU